AUGUCGCGGGUGCUGCUGACCCGCCGGGCGGCGGGCACGGAGGCGGGCUCGGGCAAGAAGAUUUCCGCCGUCGUCGACGAUUCAGACUUCGACCUGGGUGGCACACCACCAUCGGCUGACCCUGACAAGGAGUUCGACAAGCUGAUGAAGGCCGCCGACAGCUUCGGCAGCAAGAUGGACAGGAAGAGGAAGAAGCGGCCGUCCGCCGACGACGACGACCUCGCGCUCGUCUCCGACACCAGGGGCGGGAUAUCGCUGGACAGCACGAUUGAGGACGACGUGUUCGACACCAAGGAGCUGAUGGCUACGGCUCGCUCGGGCAGGGUUGACACCUCGGUGCAGGGGCGAAUCACCAAGUGGGCGGGCGAGACGCAGGAGCUCAUCCAGAAUCCCACGUCGAUCCAGAUCACCUACGCCACCAUCUUCCUGUCCUCGGUGGCCAUCCUCUUCCUGGUCGGCCUCCUGACCUUCGUGGUCGGCGGCGUCAGGUUCCGAGGCGAUUCCCUGGAGGUGUACAAGAGGAGGCAGCGAGACCUCCAGGACCCGAUCCAUACAUGCAGAGGUUCGCCAUCAUGCAGGAGAACAUGCGCAGGGGAGCGUCCGUGGACGACAUCAGGGACUUGA